UUGGUCCUUGAAAGCGCCAUCUCGCGACAACGGAAACAGGAACUGAGACCACCCGUGACCUCGUGGCGGAUCCCGGAAGUGUGGCGUCUCUCCUUGUUUUCCGACGGCGGCAGUCGGCUGGCCCAGGCGCGACCAUGCUGACUCGGCUGAAAGCAAAUUCAGAGGGGAAGCUUGCAAAACAGAUAUGCAGAGUUGUGUUGGACCACUUUGACAAACAGUAUUCCAAAGAGCUUGGGGAGUCCUGGAAUACAGUAAGGGAUGUUCUAAUAUCUCCAUCACUGUGGCAAUAUGCCAUCCUCUUCAACCGAUUCAGUUAUCCCCUUGAGCUGGAAAAGGACUUACAUUUGAGGGGUUAUCACCCAAUCCUUCAAGGGUCCUUCCCAUAUUACCCUAAAUCAAUGAAGUGUUACCUCAGCCGAACUCCAGACAGAAUGCCUUCGGAUCGACACCAGACUGGAUACUUGAAAAGGUACUACCUCCUCAACGCUGCCUCUCUUCUCCCAGUCCUGGCUCUGGAACUAAGAGAUGGGGAGACUGUUUUGGACUUGUGUGCUGCUCCUGGAGGCAAAUCGAUAGCUCUGCUGCAGUGUGCGUAUCCAGGUUAUCUUCUUUGUAACGAAUAUGAUAGUCUGAGAGUGAGAUGGCUGAGACAGACGUUGGAAUCUUUCAUCCCACCGACUUUGACAAAUGCAAUUAAAGUGUCGGAGUUGGACGGCCGAGAAAUGGGAGAUGCCCAGCCUGAAGCGUUUGACAAGGUGCUAGUUGAUGCUCCAUGUUCAAACGAUCGAAGCUGGCUGUUCUCGUCUGAUUCUGAGAAGGCUGCCUGUAGGAUCCAUCAAAGGAACAGUCUGCCUGUCCUACAGCUAGAACUCUUAAGGUCUGCGAUGAAAGCCUUGCGCCCUGGAGGACUACUCGUGUACUCCACAUGCACACUAUCCAGGGCUGAAAAUCAGGAUGUGAUCAGUGAGCUCCUAACCUCCAGCAGUACCAUGGUGCCCGUGGAUAUUAGUGCCAUAGCAAGGACUUGCUCCCAAGAUUUCACCUUUGCCCCGACUGGCCAGAAAUGCAGUCUCUUGGUGAUUCCUGAAAAGGGCAAAGCUUGGGGCCCAAUGUUUGUAGCCAAACUGAAGAAAAGCUGUGAGUACAGGAAAAUGGCCACCUGGAUUUUGUAAACCUUGCUCAUAUGUUGUUAUAUAUGUAUUAUUCGAACUGCCUACAUAUUAGUACUUAAAUAGUUACAGAGCCACUGUCCCUAGGAUCAUUUGGAAUCCUGUUUAGUGAGCACUUCAGCCUCCUAAAGCACAGGCUUAAGAAUUUUUCAGGUACAAUUUUAUUCCUCAAAAUAUAUCUAUAAUGAUGCUUUAAAUUGGGACAGAUGGUGUUGGUUCUGUAUAACCAAUGUCUGGUUUUUUACUUGGUAAAUUAAUUGGGAUGCAUGCGUCUGUACAUCAAAUGCUUAGGACUGUAUUCUAUGGAAUAUUCUAUGGUAUUUAAACCUUUCUUUUAAAACUGGAUCUGCCAACACUUACCAUUUUCCCCAUCAAAUGUGCAGAUUCUUUUUGUAAGAACAAUUGGUAUUCCAAGACUAACUUCUUAAGCAGCAGAAAUUCUAGUUCUAGCAAAAUAGGUUUCUUAUUUGCAAAGUUGUUUUGUGUUAAGGACUCACUUCUGUUUACUGCAAAGGUCAGUGACUCUAUUGACACCAGCUUUAUUUCCCCCCAUUUUCUCUUAUUCACAAAUAGAAAUUGAAAGGGUAAAUUAUGUUGAAAGGCCUUUAGAACAACAGAUUCACAUGCACGAGUUUGACUUUCGACAUUCAGCUUGUAAAAUACUGCAGUCUAUCCAGCAGGCUAUAAAGCAAGCACUUGAAACAAAACCAGAAUGAUUAAUAACGGCAAUAACCGAACUAUAUUUGGAGUGUUUUGUUACAUAAUUGCAGUCAUAAUGAGUACUACAGAAUCUGAUUAUCUUACAGUUGCAAUCUGGAGGGGCUUUUUAUUUCUCUUGAUUAUAAAAUGUUAUAUGAGAGUGUGAUGUCACAUAUUAAUGCAUGAGAGUGACAUGCCUAAUGAGAGUCAAUUAUCUGUUACCAAGACCCCAAACCAUUCACUGAGUGGCUCUCUCUAUUUAUAUGUAUCCCAAGAGUUUUGUGCAUGCUUCUAUAUAUGCUUGGGAUUUUAGAAUCAAUUUUCAAGCAUGGAUUUUACUUUAGAAAUUGUUUCAUUUGGAUCCAAACAGAUUUUUUUCAACUAUUAAGAAAAUCAUGCAGGUAGACAUGGCAGUGCAUUUGGGAGCCUGAGGCAGAAGUAUCCCAAGUUCAAAUCCAGCCUAGGCUGCAUAGCAAGACCCUCUUAGCAAGGGGUAGGGAGGACAGAGGGAGGGAUUAAAGGAGGGUAGCCUAGAGCAUGAGAGAAAAUUACCAAGCAUACGUGAAAUUAGAAAUUAGCUUUUUACAUUUUUUAAGAUUUAUUUACUUUUAGUUUUCAUGUAUGAAUGUCUUGCCUGCACGUGUGUUUAUGUACCACAUGAAUGCCUGAUGCCUGAAGAAGUCAAAACAGGGCUUCGGUUACCCUAGAACUGGACAUAUGGAUGGCUGUGAACCACCAUGUGUGUACUGGGAAUCCAACUCUGAUCUUCUGCAAGAGUAACAAGUACUCUUAGUUGCUAAGCCUUCUCUCAAGCCAAACAUGCCCUUUUAAAAAAAAUCAGCUAUGGAGCUAUGGAACACAAAAUUUCCUGGAAGCAGAAUGGUAUUGUUUGUCCCUUCUGUUCAUUAAGCUAUUCAGUAUAUACAUUUUGUUUUGCAAGCCUGUGUAUGUGGAUUCAAAUAAGUGGAAAAAUCUAGGAGCAAUUAUGCCGCUGCCUUUGUUUUCUACAAUAUUUUAAAGUCUAUCUGACCAGUGUGUUUAAGGUAAUAAUUUAUUUCUUGGGCCCAUCAAAUGUAUUCAGUUAAUAUCAAAGAUUAAUGACAGAAAGUGCUUUGUUUAUUUUGGUUUGAGUUAGUGGUUUGUCUUUCUGAUUGAAAUUCUGUCUUUGGAUUCCGUAGUUUUCCAAGUGCAUUUCUUUUGUGUAAGUUAACCACUAUGUAAAUUUUCACAGUACAAGGUGUUGAAUGUCAUUAUUUUUCCUGUAUAAUGUCAAGAAGCUUCAAUUGAACACAAAGCGUGGUACUGAACUCAACUUUCCCGGGACUAAUGAAAAAUACCUAUGUAUUUAUUACAUAUAUUUAUAUUAUUAUUAAGAUGACUGUAACAAAACAGGCCAACAUUGAUUGAGGAUUAAAUGGUUAAUUGGA